AUGCCUCCGUCGCAGCAAGAGCUCAAACAACAAAACCGAGAAGAUCUAUAUGAAGCCGGAAUGUCUCCUGAUGCUGUUGACGGACUUAUUGAUAUUGUGCCUGAUUUUGAUAGUUUAAGAACUUUGAGCCCAAUUGAAACGCUUGAAUUUCUAGUGGAUCUUAAUAUAGAAGUGAAUAAUUAUAUGAGAAAUCAAACACAAAAAGAUCAAGACAUCUAUGCCAAAUAUUCUGAAAAGAAAGCGAAGGAAGCGGAGGCUCAGUUCCAAAAACAACUUGAUGGACUUAAGAAAUGA